GCCACGACAGAAGCUCGCCUAAGAAUGGAAGGAGUCGAACUGAAGGAGGAGUGGCAGGAUGAGGACUUUCCACGGCCCCUACCAGAGGAAGAGGAGCUGGAAGAUGAGCUUUUUGCAGGAACCUCUGAGGAGACAGAUCCUGGCUAUGCAAUGGACCAUGGCAAGAAGGCAAAGAAGAAGCUUGCAGCUCCAGACAUCAGUCUUACACUGGACCGCAGCGAAGGUUCUCUUCUGUCUGAUGAGCUGGAUGAAAGCACAGAGCUGGACCUCGAUGACAUAGACACACCUUCAGACAACAGCAAUGAGUUUGAAUGGGAAGACGAUCUCCCCAAGCCGAAAACUACAGAACUACUGCAGAAGGGCGUGGAGUCAGUGCAGGAGUACUCCGCCGCGGAUGAGAGAGAGGAGGGACGACGCUGGAGGGUGUUUCGUAUCGGAGACCAGGAGCACAGAGUGGACAUGAAGGCCAUUGAACCUUACAAGAGGGUUAUCAGCCAUGGAGGUUACUAUGGAGAUGGCCUGAAUGCCAUAAUUGUGUUUGCUGUGUGCUUUAUGCCUGAGAGCAAUCAACCAAAUUACAGAUACAUCAUGGACAAUUUAUUCAAAUAUGUCAUCGGCACACUGGAGCUUUUGGUCGCAGAGAACUAUAUGAUUGUGUAUUUGAACGGGGCAACCUCUCGGAAAAAGAUGCCGACCGUCGGCUGGCUCAGAAAGUGUUAUCAGCAGAUUGAUAGGAGGUUAAGGAAGAACUUGAAGUCUUUGAUAAUUGUCCAUCCCUCUUGGUUUAUUCGUACCCUGCUGGCACUCACAAAACCUUUCAUAAGCUCCAAAUUUAGUCAGAAAAUCAAGUAUGUGUUCAGCUUGACAGACCUCGCAGAACUAGUUCCAAUGGAGUAUGUGUCCAUACCAGAUUGUAUCAAACAGUUUGAUGACGAAAAAAAUAGGAAAAGCCGUAAAAGGUUUAGAAUGUGAUGUGGUUGAUGUUGGGUAAGUGUGUUCAUGUUUGUGGAACAACAGGGAAAUAGGUUGUCCUAGUCACUGUGGUUUUGUGGUUGCACCGUAACCAUGUCCUCACAUGGUCUCCCCCCCACCCCCCAUUCAGUAACUCGCCCUCACUGAACACUCGGCUUGUCCACUCUCACAGCUCUUUGCAUGACUCACUGCAAACCCACUCCCAGCUGAUGUUUAGCAAUCGCCACAAACCUUCUGUCAGCCUGGCUCAUGCACACAGAAAUCUUCUGUUCAUUACUGAGAAGUAGUGGGCGUGAGGUUAUUAAGCUGCAGAUACGUCGUGGCAUGUUAGAAGAUUAGAAAAGUAAUAACCACGGGGUUGUAGAGGAGACUCGGUAUUGCGUUUACAACACUGCUACAACUAGUUGCACUUCUCUUGCUGGGUGCAUGAAGUUGAGCGGCAAACUUGCAAGACAAAUGCGCUGAAACCUCACACAUUGACAUGGAAAAAUUGCACAUUUUAAGCACAAAGGUUGCACUUAUCUGUGCUGCAGAUAAUGAACGCAGCCUGUUCUCUGACAUUGAUUCAGGGCUUCUUCACUACAUAUUACAAUUACACAGUAGUGCGUUUGUCUUGCAAGGUUUCAAGGGAAGUAAUAACCUCAUAAUAAUAUAACUGAUAUUGGUGGUUUGUAUUGCCCAAAUGUUUACAGUGCUGUCAGUAAAAAGAGCAUGGAUCAUAUUAGGCAGAAUUUGCAUCCAGUUAGUGAAGUAUGCUGAACAUCUGGUAAGUAAAAAACAAAGAAAUAGAAAUGCUCUCUCACUCUAAGAAACCCCUUUGUAGUGGUGUAAAGGUAAUGAUUACAUAGCAGGAUAUGAAUAUGUGAACAAUGUGUUAAUAAGCAGUGUAGUAGCCUGUUGGUGCUUUGAUCAUUAGUUAUCAUAGCCCUGUUGGACGGCACCCCAAUCACACAGAUGUCUGACGGCUGUCGAAUCUGUCCGCAGAAUCGACCAGGACAUGCACGGCAAAGUGGAGGUCGCAGCUGCUGCUGUUCCAGAGUGACCCUGCUCGCACUGCAUGAUGUGGAGGCGGAGAAUAUUUUCCAGCAGCCACUCUUUAUGUUUAUGUUCUGGGCAACGUGACUGAAGCGCUUCACAUCAAGAAAGUGCCUUUUUAAAACUGUGCUGCCUGUUACAUUGUGGAACUUUUUACAAGCUUGAUCUUCAGCAUUUUUUUCCCAAAUGCUGGCUGAAAUGUUUUUAAUCUUUUCUUUAAUUUUUUUUUUUUUUUAUCUACUGCUGGUAUAUCAUGUCAAACUUAGUUACUUAUUGGUGUUCCCUAGUUCCUGGUGUAAUCUACACGUUAUUUAAGGCACUCUGUUACAAAUGGUUGAUGCAUGUUCUGCUUUAUUACAUUUAAAUAUAUAUUUAUAUUCAAAAGGUGACAAAGGAGAGAAAUUAAUAUAUUUUUAUGGUUGCUCUGAUUUUUAAACUGCAUUUUAGGUUUCUGACCAGUCGAGUGGCAUUUCAUAGAACAAGUUUUUGACAGCACCUUUUUUUUUUUNUAU